UUCACAGUCAUCCAUGGUCUUUCAGCGCUCCCUCCCCCGCGCCCAGCGUUAAACCAACUCAGCCCCACUGGCCAGUGUCCAGGAAAUGGAGAAAGUGGAUGGACUGCUGCGGGCUGCAGGGCCCACCAGCCCUCCCUCUCUCUAUGGCUGGGUUUUUCCAGCUGGAGCCUCCCUCCCUCUACCGCAAUCACUGAAAGCCGCUACUCUCUACCGCGGCUGCUCCAGCGCAUCAUUUAUUUAUUUAUUUAUUUGCUUAUUUAUUCCUUUCCUCCUGUUUUUCCCCCUGUACCAGCAGACCCUCCCCCUCGGAGUCAGAGAAAGAAACGUUGCAGUCAGUCAGAGAGAGAGAGUCCCCACUGUAAGGGAGGAGGUGGGGGAGAGAGAGAUUGUGCGUGAAGUGGAGGGAGAACCCCGGCGCAGGAGGGGAGCUAGAAGGAGGGGUGGGGAGCUCGGCAGAAAUCUCCGCUCGUCCCCUCCGUCCCCCGCCUCAGCCACCCUCUCCCAGAGCCAUGAGCGCUACUAGACAGAAGGCUGAAAAGAGUGAUGGGACCAUGGGCGGGAGCGAACACGAAACUGAAUUACGGGACAGAGCCCACCUGAGCCAGGAGCGGAGGCUCAAACAGGCUACCCAGUUCGUCCACAAAGACUCCGCUGACCUCCUCCCACUGGACAGUCUCAAGAGGCUUGGCACUUCCAAGGAUCUGCAGCCACACAGUGUGAUCCAGCGUCGCCUGAUGGAAGGGAAUCUGGACCAGUUUCUCGGGGAGUCCUCCUUGGUUUGGGGCCAAGUUCAUGGAGCAGAGAGUACUAAAAAGCCCAGCAGGAAGGAGACCCCGGCUCUUCUUGUCCACUGUAAGUGCCGGGACCAGAUAUUAAGAGUGGCAGUGGAUACAGGUACCCAACACAACCAAAUCUCUGCCAGAUGCCUCAGUCGCCUUGGGCUAGGGGAGGGGACGCUAAAAACCCCAGGUGGGAAAAAGGCUCCUGGCCCCCUGACCCACGUGGAGCAGCUGGAACUGCAAUUAGGGCAAGAGACAGUAGCAUGCUCAGCGCAAGUGGUUGAUGAUGAGAGUCCUGAAUUUUGCCUGGGAUUGCAGACACUGGUAUCUCUCAAGUGCUGUAUUGACCUGGAGCAUGGUGUGCUACGGCUGAGAUCCCCUUGUCCAGAGCUACCAUUCCUGCCUUUCCACCAGGAGCCUGGCCAGUGACAACAAUGCCUGUCUGUCCCCCGGAGAAAAAACAAAACCUUAGGGGAAACGUCAUGGGCAGUGGCAGGGCUGCCCACCCCUUGACCCUUGUUCAUAUGUUUUGUUUGUCCACAUGCAUUCUUUGCUUUUUCACCAAUUUCUACAUAAAAGGUCACAUCCUAAAUAAAGUGGAGGAGCAGGGAAGUAAAUGCUUUUAGCAACUAUGGAUUAGGGAAGAAUUCAUGACCAAACAUGGUAUAGUGAGAAUCACAGAAGAUAAAAUGGACAAUCUUGAUUAUAUAAACUGAAAAUUUUUUAUACAAAUAAAAUCAGUGCAUUUAAAAUUAGAAGGGAAAAGAUUAACUCAGAAAAAAAUAUUUUCAGCUAGAUUACAAGAUAUGUAAGAAUCUGAAUGAAAUAUAGGAAGCUAUUCGCAAAGCAUCUGAACUGGUAGUUCUCAAAGGAAACAAUUCAAGCUUUCAAUAGCCAUAUCUAAUCAAUAAUGAUCGGAGAAAUGAUCUUGUUUUUCCAGGAGAUAGUCCUCAGAAUGUUAGGGAAAGUUUUGUAUUAAGGUUUCUUUUUUCCAAAACUACUCCCUAAUUUCUCAAAAGGCUUUUGGGUCUUUUCAUAAAAGAGUGAUAAAGCUACACACUGGAGUCAAGAGGUUUGGUAUUGAGUUGACUUGCAUGACUACCAAGUCCCCAUCACUGAUACUCAAUAUUGUUCCUUAAUGUCUCAUCAUCUGCCACAUCAUAUGAGUCUUCUUCUUGAUGUCCAUCACUUAACUGUUACACCUCCUAGUUGCUCCAUGGCGGAUGCUGUGACACUCACCGUUCUAAUUCCCUGCAUAUCAGUUUUUUAAUAGCUGUUUUUUUUUUUUUCCCUUUGGAGCCCCAACCCACCUCCUGCUGCCUGGCAUUGAUCCUAUGUUGGUCUCUACAUUUUCCUGAAUUAUAAACUCAUUUGUAAUCUUUCCCA